AAUGUAUGGUAAGAUCAAGGUGUACGUGGUCAUAGAGAAAUUCAAGUACUCAAAGUUCUUCACAUAUCGAAAUUUCAGCGGUUCUGUAGAACAUCAAGAAUCUUGAAGACAGUAUCAAAGUUAAAUGCAAUCAACACCACCAACAUUUACGCUGCGCCUUCAUGUUCGUAUCUCACUUGGAUUACUUGCAAUGUUCAUCCUCAAGACAUGGCGAUCAACUGCUUUCGGCAUUUAUGGGUACCUCAAUUUCACAAAAUCUGGAUUCUUGGAACACUCAAAGAAUUUCAAACCAGAAGAUAUGGCAACUCGAAUAGAUGGAAAGAAUUGCGUAGUAACAGGAGCUAACUCUGGAAUCGGUUAUGCCACUGCUGAGGGUCUUGCAUCCAGAGGAGCAAAUGUGUAUAUGGUGUGUCGAAAUAGGGAAAGGGGAGAAGCUGCUCUCUCUAAAAUUCAUUCUACCACAGGCAACCAAAAUGUUCACUUAGAGAUCUGUGAUCUUUCUUCUAUCAAUGAUGUCAAGUCUUUUGCUUCCAGAUUUAAGGAAAAGGAUGUUCCUGUUCAUGUUCUGGUCAACAAUGCUGGGGUGCUUGAGAACACACGAGUAACAACAUCAGAAGGAUUUGAAAUGAAUUUUGCUGUGAACGUACUAGGGACUUAUGGCAUGACAGAGCUAUUGGUUCCUUUGCUUGAAAAAUGUGAAGGUGAUGCACGUGUCAUUACAGUAUCCUCAGGUGGAAUGUAUACGAGUCCCUUGACCACUGACUUACAGUUUAAGGAUGGUGAAUUUAAUGGAGUAGAACAGUAUGCUCGCAACAAACGGGUACAGGUAGCAUUGACAGAAAAAUGGGCUGAAAAAUAUGGCAACAAAGGGAUCGGUUUCUAUGCGAUGCACCCUGGAUGGGCCGAAACGCCUGGAGUCACCAAUAGUUUGCCUGCCUUUUCUAAAUCGAUGCAAGGGAAGCUAAGAACGAGUGAGGAAGGUGCAGACACGGUUAUUUGGUUAGCUUCGCAGCCUAAACAAAACCUUGUUUCCGGUGGACUCUAUUUUGAUAGAACUGAAGCGUCCAAGCAUUUACCAUUUGCUGCAACAAGUAACUCCCACAAUGCUAUCGAUUCCAUUAUGGCUACCCUUGAUUCUUUAGCUAACUUUUCAAUCUGAUUUUCUUAUUAAUUUCCAACACCGAUGGAUAAUGUAUUUUUGUUAUUUAUGUUAGGUAAAUAUUUAUAUA